CUCGGAAAUGUAACUUGGGUUUUCGCCCCGCACCGUGACGGGGCCGACUUUUUGAGGCGGCACAGCACGGAGAUUCGCAGCCCUGGCUGCGAUUGCGGGGUCGGGGCCGCAGGACGGCACCUUCGUCGCAGCCCACGCGUGCGGGCUGCCGUGGCGACCGCGUUUCGUGGUUUUAUGGCGUGCUGAAAUGCUCUCCUGGGGCGAAAUCUCACGCAGAAUCGCAGCACUAGUUCGCGAUGACGCCGCUGCCCGGCGGUCUCCGCAAGCAAGGUGGAAGUUGCUCUGGGAUGCCUCGAGUGUGCCGCGGUGGUAGUGGCGGUCGGGCACGCGAUGCGGCCAAGAAAAGCUGACCUGAAGCUCGGCCCUUGACGCACCCAUAACGAGCCUCGUGGGGCUCCGCGCGAAAAACUUUCGCUGAACCGAGGCUGCCCGAGAAGGUAACAAAGCCAGUGGAACGCGCGGAGAUCAUGCUCGGCGUACCGCCCCGCGGCGCGACGUAGCAGAAAUCGCCAGACGGCAUGCCCUAAAGAAGACAUUGGGUCAGACACAUGCGUGGGGUACUCUCGGACACUGCGGCCGCGUUCAAGCGCUCGAGAAGCUGGAGAUAGUGUCGUAUUAUGUGUCGCGGUUGGGACCGUAUCGACGGUCGUCGCGGUGAACCAAAAGCUCGCGCGCCUCAAAAUCUAGGGUCUCGAGGCACGUGCUAGGGUAAGGUCGAGGUCCUGUACGAUUAUCGGGCCCGGGUAGGUGUCACGGUGGGAAUACCAAGUUACCGUAGGUAGUAAGCUGAUCGCUAUUCGCCGAUGGCGCUUGACUAUGAUAAUUCGGCAUUUUAUUACUUUGGCAUGACGAUGCUCGGAAUUUAUGUCAUUCCGACAACUUUUUGGAUCUUGGCGUACGUCUAUCGUGAAGAAACGGCGCAAUCGUGACCCUAGGCAUGUUGAUACCGUGCACAUAGGCAUCAUGAUGCCGCAGCAGCGUUUCAGCGAUGUAGCUAGAACUAGUACUACCCCAGUGUCAUUCAAAUCUAAACGUUACAGCUUGGCGCGCAUUCCAGCAACAGGUGUCGAGAAAGCGAAGGCAAGGGAACUAAGUGAACGGCAAUCGGUCACGAGACUCCUCACCAAUGCGCGAUUUAUAAUAAAUGCCUCCCUUCUCGUCACGGCCUGGGUGGUGCUUCUUAUGUUGAUUCGGGUACGAUAUUUCUCUAACUAAGGUACGCAACUCUGUCGUGUAGGCGCUCACAUUCGAUGCUGAGCUCGCAUCAUUUGAUCCGUUCAAGAUUUUGGGAGUCGCAUCGAAUGCCGAGGAUAAAGAAAUUCGCAAAGCAUAUCGCAAACUUUCACUUGAAUAUCAUCCAGACAAAAAUCCAGGUAAUAAGAUUGCUGAAGAGAUGUUCAUGAAGGUGGCGAAGGCUUAUGAGGCCCUCACAGACGACGAAGCUAAGAGGAAUUGGCUCGAGUACGGCAAUCCAGACGGAAAGCAGUCGCUUGAGGUUUCUAUAGGUCUGCCAACCUUUCUUCUGGAUGAAGCUAAUCAUUAUGCAAUCCUUUGCAUUUACCUUGGGGUCCUUGUGGUCAUCAUUCCUGCAAUUGUUGCAGCCUGGUACCAGUACUCUCGCAAGUUUGGAGAAAAUAAUGUUAUGUAUGAGACGUAUAGUUUUUUUUUGCACGUUCUGUCAGAGCAUUCGACAGUAAAAAUGCUACCCGAGGUUCUUGCAGGUGCCGCCGAAAACAGAUUCCCGGUUAGUGUUGGUGCAUCCUCCAGACAAGCAGAACUUUCUCGGCUCAUCACUAAACUCCGGCAAGGUCUAAUGCAAAAGCCACGAUUUGAGCACCCAAUUGUUCUGAAAGGAAAUGCACUACUUCAUGCUCAUGUGCAUCGCUUGGAAAUGUCAGCUCUACUACGUGUUGAUUUGCACAAACUGUUAGGAAAUGCAUCGACAUUGAUUGACGCCAUGGUGGAGCUGGCGCAAUCCCAGCGAUGGCUGCAGACCUCGAUUAACAUAAUUGACUUUUCACAGUGCCUGACACAAGCACUAUGGAUCAAGGACCAUUCCUUGGCGCAACUACCCCAUUUUGGAAAUAAGGAGAUCCAUCAUUGCAUCAAAGGCAAAAGCGCCGUGAAGGGUUUGCGUGAGUACCUAGAUGUGCCUGAUGAACAUAAAAAGGGACUCGCUGGCAUGUCAGAUAUGCAGUGCGCUGAUAUUGAGCACGCGUGCAAGAUAAUGCCUCGCCUCAGAUGCAAAUUCGAUCUUUAUGUUGAGGACGAAAGUGAGAUUGCCGAGCGCGAUCUUGUGACGCUCCUGGUUGCGUUUGAUCGCUCGAAUAUAGCUGAUGGUAGGCUAGCUCCUCUUGUUCAUGCUCCUUAUUUUCCCUCUACGCGGCUUGAAUCUUGGUGGAUUCUUGUCUCUGACACCGCCGGAAAUCUCAUCCUUGCUGACAAGGUCAAUGCUCAGUCCAAGGUUGUGAAUCAUCGAGUUAAAUUCCUAGCACCUCCUCAAGCUGGCAUUUAUGUUUUUAAUGUCGACUUGAAGUCAACUGAUUAUCUUGGCCUUGAUGUUAGGGAGCAAGUUAAAAUGACUGUAAUUCCUGCAGCCCAGCUUCCAGAGUACAAGGCACAUCCUGAUGACCUCAAUCUUGAUGAUGAGCCCACGCUCUUUGAGCAGGUUAUGUCUGGUAAUGCCGACACUGAUUCUGACACUGACGACACAUCUCGUGAUGGAGAUGUCACCAACUGUGAUGCUGAAGUUGGCGACUCUCUGGAUGAUGCCGUCCUCACCGUAGCAGAACGGCGUCGACGAAGAGCACGCAUCCAACGGAAGAAACAAAGCAAGGACCAGACAUGUGCGGCUUAAACUCAUUACGAACUAGGGAACAGCACACCUGUCCACCGAAGGACAACGUGGUGGCUUAAUUGUAUUGCUUCGCUCUCUGGAGUAUGUAACAAAUAUCACUCCUCUCGCUAGAUCCUCCCUCGCCUGAAUUAUAAUAUGAGAAAUAUGACGGGGGACGCACUGGCAAUACCAAAAGUCCGGGUCGGUGUCCCAGUAAAGAUCUAAAACGCAUGGACUACUUCCCGGUCACCGACCCCCAAAUUUGCCGUAUGAUCUCAUAAUUACUCGACGUCUUGGCCGCCGCCGCCGCCAUUUCGAGAAUAGGAGGAGCG